AUGGAGGAGAACAGGUGGUUUUUGUCCGUCAUUCAGAAUGAGUUCAGGACUGGGAAGAUUGAUUUAGAUAGCACAAUGAAACUGCUUGAAAAACUACAAAUGCCUUUUGAUUUCGCACAUGUAAAACAUGUUUUCAAGAAAGCAAUUGACAAACGGAAGGUACAUAUGAUUAACAUAGAAGACUUCAGGGCAAUUUAUCGAACUAUUGUACAUCGACUUGAAUUUCAAGAACUUUUCCAUAUUUACUCUCCAAAUGGAAAAAUUCUAGCUGACACUGAGCUCGCUGAAUUUCUCAAAAAGGAACAAUAUGAAACUGAAGCUUGUGAAACAACUGCUUUAGAAAUUAUUUUGAAGUAUGAACCCAUUGAAGAAGUGAGGAAAAGAAGGCAGAUGUCAUUUGAAGGAUUUAUAAGGUAUAUGAGCUCAGAAGACUGUUCGGUAUUUAAAAACAACCACAGGACCGUCUACCAAGAUAUGAACCACCCAUUAUGUGACUAUUUUAUUUCGUCUUCUCACAACACCUACUUGAUAUCUGACCAGCUAAUAGGGCCCAGUCAUUUAUGGGGAUAUACCAGUGCUCUCUUAAAAGGAUGUCGUUGCCUGGAAAUUGACUGCUGGGAUGGCUCAAACAAUGAACCUGUUGUGUAUCAUGGUCACACUUUAACAAGCAAAAUUCCAUUUCAGUCUGUAAUUGAAGUGAUAGACAAGUAUGCAUUUGUG